AUGAGUAUAUUAAAAGAAGAAACAAAGGAGCAUCCUUUACAUGAAUUCAAAUAAAUAAUAACAGCAUAUAGAGAAUGCAAAACAUAAGCUUAAGAAAGAGAACUAAUUAACAAAGAAAAAGCCGAAAUUCGAGAAAGAUUUUUACAAAAUAAAGAAGAAACAAGAGCAAAAGAUGUAGCUAAAUUACUUUAUAUUUCGAUGUUGGGACAUGACACAGAAUUCGGAUAAAUGGAAUGCUUAAAAUUAAUAACCUCUUCAAAUUAUGGUAAUAAAAGAAUUGGAUAUUUAGGUUUAUGCCAAUUAUUUCAUGAAAAUUCAGAAGUAUUGAUGCUUGCAACAAAUAGAAUUCAUUUAGAUUUAAAUCAUUCAAACAAUUAUGUAGUUUCUUUAGCACUUGUUGCUUUAAGUGAAAUUUGCACAGCUGAUAUGUGCAGAGAACUCUUCCCUGAUGUUACUAAGCUUUUCGGGAAAACAAGUACUUAUAUAAAGAAAAAAACAGCCUUAUGUUGUGCUAAAAUAAUUAAGAAAAUACCUGAAGUUAAUUAUGAUUUGAUUGAAUAUAUUGAUAAAUAAAUGGAAGAUAAGCAUCAUGGUGUACUUUUAAGUACAGUUAGUUUAAUGAAAACAUUAGUUUUAUUAAAUGAAGAAAACAAAAACCAUUUUUACAAACAUAUUGAUACUUUAAAGAAAAUUUUAAAAAGCUUAAUAAGUAUAAUGAGUACAGAAUUUGAAAUAGACGGAGUCAAUGAUCCUUUUCUAUAAAAUGAAAUACUUUCGUUUUUCUGUAUAAUGGCUAAAAAUAAGCCUAAAAUAGCUGAAGAAAUAAGCGGUACUUUGGGAGAAGUUGCUACUAAUAUUAGCUACGAAAAAAAUAGUGGAAGUUCGGUUUUAUAUGAAUGUGUAAAAACAGUUUUUGAAAUUCAAAGCACUAAUUCUCUUAAAUAUUAUGCAUUAAUGUCCUUGUUCAUGCCAGAAUUAGUUUUUAAAACUUGCGCUAUUAUAGAUAAAUAUGCACCUAAUAGAAGAUGGUAAGUUGAUACUAUUAUUAAGGUAUUAAGUCUUGCAGGUUCUUUCGCGAAAGAAGAUACAGUUAAUAACUUGAUAAAUUUAAUUUCUGUUUCCAAACCAUUGUAAUAAUAUUCUGUACAAAAGUUAUACUUUGCACUUUAAGAAAAAACAGAACAAACAGGAUUAGCUACAGCGGCAUUAUAUUGUAUUGGAGAGUAUGCAAGUUUAUGUUUGUCGACUGAUAUUAAUGAAUAAACAAUAUUUUAAUUAGUUUCUAAAGUUUUCUAAAUACAUGAUUUGAAUGAUAUUGUAAAAGAAUAUGGACUUCAUUGUUUAAUGAAACUUUAUAAUAAAUUUAAUUCAAUAACAGCUAAUUAAGUAAUUGAAAUUUUUAAAAAUUUUACAUCUUCAACAAAUCCAGAAAUAUAAAAAAGAUCUUGUGAGUAUUUGUAUGUAAUAGAAAAUUAAAAUAAAAAGGAUAUUAGUGAUGUUUUUUCAUAAAAUCCAGAUUAUGAAAAAGCAAAAAAAUAAUAUAAGCUUUAAAUUGACGAAGAAGUUGGAAGUGGAGAAGAAACUAAUGUUUCAGCUACGAAUAAUGAAGAUAAAAAUACUAAUAUUAAUCUUCUUGAUGAUUUAUUAAAUAUUAACCCAUAAUAAGCAAAUAAUAAUCCUACUGAUUUGCUUGUUGAUUUGAUAGGAGGAAUUGAUGAAACACCUAUUGCUUAAUAAGACAAAAAUAAUAAUUUUGAUAUAUUAAAUCUUUAUGAUAAUCCUAAAUAAAAUCAAUAGAAAGUAAAUUAGUAAUAAUAAGAAUAACCCCGAACUAAGUCUUAAUCUUAAGUCUAAUAAACUUCUUAAACUUAAAUUUAACAUAUUGAUUUAUUGGAUGAAGUUUAGAUUGGCUAACCAGCAUAAAAUAAAAAAUAUGAGAUGACUGCUUUAGAAGAUGCCUGCAUAAAACUUUGUUUGAAAUGUGAAAAAACUAACGAAAAUACAACUUAAAUAAAAGCUGAGUUUGGAAAUAAAACAAAUGAACUUAUUACUAAUCUAAUUCUAUAAGUAGCUGUUUAAAAGCAUAAUAAACUUAAUAUGAACCCUUUAACAUCGACUUAAAUUAAACCUAAUAACUUUACUGAUACAAACUAGUUAAUGAUUAUUAUUAACUCAAUGUAAGGUUAAAAAAAUAUAAUGAUUAAAAUAAAGAUAUAAUAUACAAUUGAUAAUAAAACACAAACUUUAGAAGGCAUUGCUUAGGAUUUUCCUCCUGAUUGGUGA